ACUAGUCUUUGCUCCCGUUUGACAGAUGAGAAAAGCAGAGGCUGAAGCAGCUGUACAGUCCAACAAACCACUCCAAGUCUUUAGUAAGAACUGGAACUUGAAUGUUGCAGGUCCAAAUGCAAACAAGAAUCUUUCUACACCCGCACGAACCUCUUUAUAUUCUUUCGGCUUCAGAAAGGUCUUGUGACUCUGGGCAGGCGACGGCCGCGAAGCUCCUCCGAAGCGGGGCUUUCCUUGUGUGAUCGUUGGCCGCGAGCCUGAGCAAGGAGGGAGAAGAAGCCCUCCCUCCCUCCUCCCCCCAAUGCAGAUUUUGGCGCGCGGGGUGGGGGAGAGACAAGCGAGGGGGCUGGUUUAUUGUGGAAGCCGCCGCUGCUGGUGGCGCGGAGGAGACCCACCUCCAGGGAGGGAGGGAGAUGGCGCUGCCGAGUUCGCAGCCAAACUUUGCACAAGAGGCGGCUGCUGCUCCUCCACCCGGCCGAAGUUAGCUCUGGAGCGGGACGCGGCUGGCAACCGUCUCCAGCCUUUGCCCGCAGGAGCGCCCCACGCCAAAAAACAACCCCCCUCCGCCAGCAGCAGCCCGGAUCCCAGUCCCUUCCCACCCAUUCCUAAAGUGGCGGCGGCGGCAGCAGCAGCAAGUCUGCAGAUGGGAACCAACUAAUCGCAGCCAACUCCGGCAGCCCGUCUCCCUCCCAGAGCGUGUCCGGCCACCCGGCGCCUGCAGGAUGAGCGAUCAGCCCUGGGGAGCCUCCCGCAGCCGCCGCUCCCGCCCGGGCGGGGACUACCCGAGGGCAAAAUGAGCGAUUAUCCGGAGAAGGAGGCGCCGAUCUCGCGCAAGCAGCGCUUGAUGGCCGCGAUCGCGUCCGGGGACGAGCGUACAGGAGCAGCGGCGAGUGGCAGCUGCUGUCGUGCCGAGUCCCCGGCGGCGUUGGCGGCGGCUGCCUCCGCCUCCUCCGACGCGGCGCUCUGCUGCUUCAUCUGCGGCGGCGGGAUCAGCCGGGGCAAGGAGCUGAAGCUGCAAGUGAAGUACCCCCGCGACAACCAGCCUUUUUUCCCUUUCCUGCAGCACCAGGAGCCGGCGCCCGGGGCGCAGGAGGUGACUCCGGAGGGCUGCGCCGUGGUGUGCGCCGUCUGCCGCUGCUUUCUGGCGGAGCAGUGGGACUCCUUCGAGAGGACGCGCACGCCGGUGGAAAAGCGCAUGUAUUGGCUGAAGCGGCCCUACCAGUGCGACGGGCCGGCGGGGGGGCCCGGCGGGCUGCGCAGGGGCCCCCAAGAGUGGAACCUCUCCUACGUGCUGGGCGCCGACGACGAGCGGCGUCCUAGUAGCAGCAGCGGCCGGAGCCAGCCGGCCGACGACGACGAGGAAGAAGGUUGCGGCGCCGGCGGCGAAGACUCUGAGCUUUCCUCUCUCUCUGACGCCGGUAACCUCUCGGAGCCUGACCUGCGUUCCCCCAGCCGGAACAGCGGCGCCAAAGGCAGUCCGGGUUACUGGCGCGUCAAAGAGCGCGCGGUGCCAAGCGCGCACAUGGGGAGCCGCGCCAGUUACCGCGAGUGGAACCAGCCGCCGCCGCCACCCCCAGAGGAGGCGGCGAUGGCGGCGGCCCCCUUGCGCCCGGGGAACGGGCUGCCACCGGCAGAGAAGCCUCGGAGGAAGAGGCAGCGGCGGGCAAGACUCUGGGGAGCCGAGGCGCCGAUUUGGAGAGCUGCUCAUGGCGCGCCAGGGGGCAGCGGCGGGAGCGCACCGGGGGCCUUCAAUACAGCAGGAAGAGGCGACGGGUUGGUGGGCCAGCGACCCCCGGGGGAAAGUGGCCGAGAGCUUUCCAGUUAUUGCUCCUCCGAGGAGAGCGAGAUCAAUAUCACCAGCGACGAGGAGCAAAAAGAGAAUGGCAGCGCCCUCCUAGCGCCCAGACCUCUCUGGGGGGCAGAGCUGCCAUCGGUAGGAAAAGUCGUUUGCUACGUUUGCGGCUCCCUCUUGACGUCUACUUCCCAGCACAGGAUUCACGUGCAAAAGCAGGAGAAAGCCUCUAAGGCGCCUUUCUUCCCCUUCCUGUGGUUGCACAGCCCUCCUCCGGGGGCUUUACCAAUCAGUACCGCUGGUAGCACCUUAGUGUGUUCUUGCUGCUUCGCUUCCCUCAUGCAGCAGUGGCAAAGCUUUGAGUUGGCCAACGUGCCUGUCCUGCAGCGGCUCUAUGUAGUACCUCUGAACGCUGUAGCCCCCAAGGCUAAGAGGGAGACUCUUCCAAGAGAGGAGGUACUGCCUGGACCCAUGCAGCUUCUCCAGGAAGCAUGUUACCUCUGUGGGGAGGAUUGCACCAAGGAUGGCCGGUCAGUCUCUGCCAAGAUCACCAACGGCAAUGCCAAAACAACCAUGCACUUCCCCUUCCUCAGCCUCCUUCCUUGCCCUCCAAAUGCCAAAGGUCUCAACAAGCACUGGGAGGUCCAUAGCUGUCGGAAAUGUUAUGGUGUACUGCAGGACCUGUGGGCCAUGUACCGGGCUUGCCACAAUGAGGAGUUCAUCACUUCGGUACAGAGCUUCCUGGGCAGGUAUCACCAGGUCUUUUCAGCUGGGGAGUCCAACAGCAUUGCCCGGCAUCCUGGUUUGGCCAAAGUGGGCUUGAUGACCAUUUGCUACAUCUGUGGAGCUGAACUGGGAGCAGGGAAGGAGUUUCACAUCAGUGUCAACCCUCCAGGCCGCUUUGGCGAGAAGGAGCCAUUCUUCCCAUUCCUCACAGUUUACCCACCAGCUCCUCGGGCUAGGCCUGUCGAUUCAACUGGAAUAGUGGCCACAUGUGUGCUCUGUUACCAUGAUCUCUUGGGGCAGUGGAUGCAGCAUGAAAGCAACCAUUCCCCCCAUCCAAGCAGUGCCUGGUCCAGGCAGUACAAAGUGGAGACUUUUGUCUGCUUCUUCUGCAGGCAAGAGAAGAAACGAUGCCUUGGAUUAAAAGCAGUGCAAGUUGCCAGGCUGCCAGUGUUCCUGUGCUCUUUACGGGUGCCUAGCAGCUUGCUGGUGGAUGACGGUAAGCAGCUGACCAUCGGAGCAUGCGCUGAGUGUUCCGUACUGGUGCUGGCUGGCAAAAACACAGUGUCCAGAGAUCUCUGUGCUGCACCUGCAAUGGCACCAGCUUCUCUCCAAAAGGCAUCUGCUUUUCCUCUAGAGGCACCUGCUCUGAAACUAGUUGCCAGUGAGGCUGCCCAACGCCCAUCGGGCCCCGUGGAAAGCACAGCUGUGGGGAACGGAGCUGCUCAGGAUUACAGGGCUGGUUUGGAUGUGGAGGGUGCAGCUCAAACAGCUACAAGCAUGAGCCAUGAGCCAAAGUCACCUUCUCUAGGAAUGCUUUCAACAGCGACCCGGACUACCGCCACCGUCAGCCCCCUGACCCCAUCUCCUCUCAAUGCCUCCCUUGUGCCCAGUGGCAGCCCGGCAGCCAACAGCACUUUGUCAGUCCAGUCCGCACCCUCUUCCAGCUUUGCUGCCGCCCUGCGCAAGCUUGCCAAACAGGCCGAGGAACCCAGAGGGUCUUCAAUAAGCAGCGAGUCUUCUCCUGUUUCCUCACCGGCCACCAACCACAGCUCCCCUGCAAGCACUCCCAAGCGAGGACCAAUGGGGCCCCUGAUUGUCCCACCGGGAGGGCACAAUGUGCCGAACACGCCUCCGGUUGUGACCAUUGCACCCACCAAAACUGUGAAUGGCGUCUGGAGGAGUGAUGGGCGACAGCAAGAAGCCGGGUCACGAAGCAGCGGUGGAAACAGCAGCAGCAACAGGGACCGCCUGAUGACUGAGGCCCCGUUACCCCAGGAGAAAGCCAGUGGCCCAACAGUCCCUUCUCACUUGCUGGGGACACCUUAUUCCUUUGGGAUCCCUCCAAACUCCAUCGUCCAGGACUCUCGUUUCCCACCUCUCAACCUCCCACGGCCUGUCCACCAUGUGGUGCCUCCCAGCGCAGUCACAGAAGACUACCUGCGGAGCUUCCGGCCCUACCAUACAGCUGAAGAGCUUCGCAUGUCCUCCCUGCCUCCCAUUACUCUGGAUCCAGCCACAGCUGCUGCUUACUACCACCCCAGUUACCUGGCUCACCAUCCUUUUCCUCACCCAGCCUUCAGGAUGGAUGAUUCGUACUGCCUCUCAGCUCUACGCUCACCUUUCUAUCCAAUUCCAACUCCUGGUUCACUCCCACCGCUUCAUCCAUCAGCCAUGCACCUCCACCUGUCUGGAGUGAGGUACCCCACCGAGUUGUCUCAUUCGUCUCUCUCUGCCCUUCAGUCCGAACGCAUAUCCAGCCUGACUGCAGAGAGGCUGCAGAUGGAUGAGGAGCUGCGGCAGCGGGAGCGAGAGAAGGAGCGAGAACGGGAAGCUGAUCGCGAGCGCGAGAGGGAACGGGAGCGAGAACGGGAGCGGGAGAAGGAGCUGGAACGGGAGCGGGAAAAAGAGAGAGAACGGGAACGGGAGCUGGAGAGGCAGCGAGAAAGAGCCCGGGAGAAAGAGCAGAGCAUUGUCAAAGCCAUGGAAGGCCCCUUCUUACCAGUGUCAGAGUUGCACGGACUGAGGAGUCACCCACCAGAAGAGCGUGUCAAACCAUCUGAGCAGCUAACGCCAAACCGAGCAGAGAAGCCCAAGGACUCUUCUGCUAUCCAGACCCCCAAGCCAGUCCAGCAUCCUUUGCACUCGUCGUCUGCCUCGCACCACCCCGUGCCCAGCCUCAUUUCCAACCACAGCAUCUUCCCCCUGCCCGGCAGCAGCACAGCCACAGCGCUCCUCAUCCAGCGCACCAAUGAGGAAGAGAAGUGGCUGGCGCGGCAGCGGCGGCUACGGCAGGAGAAAGAAGACCGCCAGUCCCAAGUGUCGGAGUUCCGGCAGCAAGUUCUGGAGCAACAUUUGGAUAUUGGGCGCCCGCCCGGCCAGAUGGAGGCCGAGCAUCGGCCAGAGAACCCCAGAUCAGGACCAAACCGCCCUGAACCAAGUAGUCGAGACCAACCGCAGCAUUUUGGAGGCCCCCCUCCGCUUAUCUCUCCUAAGCCUCAGCACCAUCCUGUCCCCACUUCCCUCUGGAACCCUGUCUCCUUGAUGGACACUUCUGAGGCACGAAGGAUACAGGAAAGCCACCCUCUCCCAAGCCACAGCACCCAGUAUGAGUCCAGUCGGCAAGCCAUCCCCCUUGUGAAGGUUGAGCGGGUGUACUGUCCAGAGAAACUCGAGGAAGGGGCUAGGAAAAGAGAAGCCUUGGAGAAGUUCCAGCCUCCUCGGGACCCUGGCGGGGCAGAGCAUAGUGGCUUUUCCCAUGGGCCCUUCUUAGCAGAACUGGAAAAGUCCACACAGACCAUAUUGAACCAGCAGAGGGCCUCCCUCUCACAGGGUGGGCAGUUGGUUGACAUGAGCUUGAACGCCAAGCCAGCCUCACCCUAUCGGCAUCCAUUACCCAGAAGCCAUGACCCUAUGUAUGUUUACGACGAGUUCUUGCAACAGCACCGGAAGCUGGUCAGCAAGCUGGACCUGGAGGAGAAAAGGCGGAGAGAAGCCCAGGAGAAAGGUUACUACUAUGAUCUGGAUGACUCUUACGAUGAGAGCGAUGAAGAGGAAGUGCGAGCCCACCUGCGAUGUGUUGCAGAGCAACCCCCAUUAAAGUUGGACACCUCCUCUGAGAAACUGGAGUUCCUACAGCUUUUUGGACUGACCACCCAACAACAGAAGGAGGAGCUGCUGACUCAAAAGCGGAGGAAACGGCGGAGAAUGUUGCGAGAGAGGAGCCCCUCGCCACUUAGCGUCCAGAAUAAACGCCAGACACCCUCUCCUCGUUUUGUGCUCUCCACACGUUACAGCCCUGAUGAAAUGAACAACAGCCCAAACUUUGAGGAGAAGAAGAGAUUCCUUACCACCUUCAAUUUAACCCACAUCACUGCUGAGAAACGGAAAGAUACAGAGAAGCUGGUGGAGAUGUUCCAUGCCAUGAAACAGAAAAGUGCCUCCACAGCAGUAUCAGUGAAAACCUCCCCACGGGACAGUCCUAGUAGCGUCCAACCUGAGCCACAAGUACAGCAAACUGCUGUGGAUUCAGAGAAACCAGUCAGCAUUGCUGCUGCUUCGCUGCCAGACUCUCAGAAGACAGAUGAGCCCAGUAGAAUGGAACAGCUGCGACUGCAUGAGUUUCCAAGGUCCAAGGAGCCGGCUCCUAUCUCUGCAGAGAAGCCUAAGUUGAGCGAUGGGCACAUGGCCAAGAAAAGCCUGAGCAUCCUUAACUAUGUCCGAGGUUCUUUGCCGAAGGACAUCCCUGUGCCAUUAUCACACAGUAUGAAUGGGAAGAACAAGCCAUGGGAGCCCUUUAUAGCCGAGGAGUUUGCACAUCAAUUCCACGAGUCUGUGCUGCAGUCCACACAGAAAGCGUUGCAGAAACACAAAGGAAAUGCAGUGGCACACUCCGCAGAGCAGAACCACAAAGUUGAUGCCUCCAUUCAUUAUAACAUUCCGGAGUUGCAGACUUCAAGUUGGGUGUCUCUGCCACAGCAGAAUGGCCAGAAAGACUCCCAGCAUAAGGGUUUCAUACCCCCAGAGCAUGAAAAGGUCUCUGACUCAGAAGAGGAGGAGGAGGAAGAGGAAGAGGAGUAUCCCAGACCCAAAUGGCAGGGGAUUGAAGCCAUCUUUGAGGCUUACCAAGAACAUAUAGAAGAGCAAAAUUUGGAACGACAAGUGCUGCAAACCCAGUGCAGACGCUUGGAGGCCCAGCACUACAAUCUCAGUCUGACUGCAGAACAACUAUCGCAUGCUAUGACGGAACUAAGGAACCAGAAGCAGAAGAUUGUCUCUGAAAGGGAACGACUUCAGGCCGAACUAGAUCACUUGAGAAAGUGCCUUGCAUUGCCUGCAAUGCAGUGGUCUAGAAGUUACUUCAAGGGGUAUCCCAGGUGACACUCCCUUGUACUAGGCCGAACAUAUAGUAUAGAAAUAAUAAUCUAUUUUAUUACCUGGAAUAUUUAAUAUUUUUCACUGGGAGGUUUGAAGCUUAAAAAUAAAAGAGAAUGUGCCAUGCAUGGAGCAAUGGACUGUGGAAUCCAGGAAAAUCUAAACCCAUCUCUUGAAAAGAUGCAACUGAAUCUUUUUAAGCCUGCGAGUAACUUGCUUAGAAGGACUCUAUUUUGGUUAAAUUUGAAAGGGUUAUUUUCCUUCUGCUUCCUCUUCUGCCUUUUUAAAAUACUGUUUUUAAUCCAGAGAUUCCACCAAUGACACUAACAUCCAUCUCCCGUUGAAGGGGCCGGGAUUAUCUCCAUACAUAUGCUCCUUUUUGUUGCCAUAUAAGUUAAAUUGCUAUACUUUGGAAUCUGCCCAUUUUAUUUCUGAAAUACAGUUUCUCAAUCCAAGAGGAGACAAGGUACACAUCAGUUUUUGUUAGAAUGAACUGGAUAUUUUGGAUACAGAAAUAAUUAUCUGCAGAGUAGUAGGCCUAGCAGAAGAAAAUGCAGCUUCCAAACUUGACUUCCCAUGCAUCUAUCAGCUUUUUGCUGGAAAUGCAUUUCACUUGAAAAAUAAAAGUGAAUAAAUAAACUGAAGGUACCUUUUUAUUACUGGGGAGGGGAGGAUGUACAGAACAGUAAUAUACAUACAACACACACAGAUUAUGUACCCCAGUGGGUAGAAUUUUCAUACAAAGAUUUUACAAUUAAAGAGUGAAAAAGGUGCUUCAGCCUUGUACUGUGUAUAUAUUUAAAAAUGUUUUGUAUGUUUUUAUUACUUUAAUUAUUGUUAUAAAAAGCUUGCCAUUUUCAAUGUGUUUCCGCUUUUUUUUCUUUUUGGCAAAAAGAUAGCUUGCUUUUAGUGUUUGUACUGCUGCUGGUCAGGACAUGAAAAAAAUAUUGAAAUGUUUUUUUAAAAGAAUUUUAAGGAAAAGGCUUUCCACUGGGGCACGUGCUAUCACUUAGGCAUUUUGCGAUGCAUAGCACCAGUUUCUGGUACAGUGAAUUCUCCUGCGCAACUGGAGUUUCUUUUCCCCAUUUCCCCCAUCCCUCAUACCCUUUUUUUCUUCAAGCACUUGGAAUACUGAAUGUCAUAUGAUCUGUUGCUAUUGAGAGAAGAUCUUAGGGACUACACUAUCAACGUUAGUGGACAAUAAUUGGCUUUGUUCCUUUAACCAACACCACUCAAAAUCGUAGCACUAGCAGCAUCAAUUAUGUGAGGCUUCCAAAGAAGGAAACAUUAUUCCAAAAACAGCAAACAGUUAAUACAAAGGAAGAAAAAUACUGUGAUCUGUGCCUGAAGCUGUCUGUUUCCAACCUGCUUCAUAUACAGACCCAGUAGCACAGAAGCUACUUCUGGCACAGUGUGACCCUGUUUCACAAGAAUGCAUGUGUACAUGAGACCACGAGGGUAGAUUUCAUGGGUCUUUCAUACCUGACUGCCAGUGCAGUUUGCACAGCAUUCAGUUGGCUUAUCCACAUGGUCAUGUUAUUCACAUGCCAUGCACUCCUGCAGCAGGAGGGUCACAUACACUAAAAAUAGGUCCCAGGCUCCUAGGUCCAAUGUGUUGGGGCCCCUCAGCCUUGUACUAAACCCAGGUAAGAGAGAUUUAAAAAGAAAAAAGUUUUACCCAAGUCAUGUCUUAUUUGGCCCAUGUAGCUCCUGCCAAAAUUUAGGACUCCUCUGACUGGUUAUCAAGAGCUAGUUUGGAUUAGUGUUUUCUUUCCAUAUUUAAGUAUUAAACAACAUUUUCAUACACAGUCCUAGCAGGUGGUUUUGCUAUCCUUCCUUAUAAUCCAUGCAUUUAAAUUUUAAAUUGGCAGCACUAGAAAUUAAAGGCAAGGUGGAUAAGCCAGACAUCCAUUCACCAACUGAUCUGGUCUGCAAACAUGCUCUAAAAAAGCUCAAAGCUUUGAUUUUUAAAGCCUUGCCUGACAAAGCAGGUUCUCCCUUUGCUUUGUUUAUCAGUCUGGCAACACCAGUCUUUUGUGAUGUAUGGAAGCACUGUUAGAUUAAUCUACGUCCCUUUAAGGGAAGCCUAGAAUCAAUAUUAUAAAGGAUCAGCCACAUGAUUUUAUGUGCACUGAUCUUUCACACUUGAGGGGAUUAUAUACACAAGCAAGGCCCAGCCCUCCCAAGUUUAAAAUUGUUUCCCCCUUUGCCUUAACUAUUCAAGGCCUCACCAACCAAUAUUUGCAGAAUGUGUGGCAAAAGCACAAUAUUUUGACCAAGAAUAUAAUAUAACCCGGGGAUUUGUAGCACCUUUAUAGUCAAGGUUCACUGAAUUUUGUCAGCCUCUUUGCAUUUUAUAAUUUUAGUAGUUGAUGUGCAAUGCUUUUUGCUGUUGCUAUUAAAAAUUCUCUUUCCCCAAAUAAUGACAAUGAAAGGCAAGCGGGUGUGCUCUUGUAGGACUCUACAGUGGCCAGAUGCAAAGUAAAACAAUGCUUCUAUCCUUUUAAAUAGCUGCUUAGAAGUAAAUUCAGCUGGUGCAGUUUCCUCACCACUGUGUGACAAACCUACACCUGCCACAAUUCCCUUUUCUAUGCAACUCUUAAGAAUACCAAAGCCCUGACCAGCCUCCAGAAGAAAGUUUAUCUGUUAUAACAAGAAAGAAACCUAGAGCAAAUUUAUGGACCUGUGUGACACAAUGUCCUCUUCCUGAAUACAGAAAGAGAUUUUUUUUUCACAUUAGCAAGUGAUCCUUCAAACAGCUAAAGCUGCCAGUUUCUGUAAUAGUAUUCUGAAUAUCCUUCCCUGAUGUACUGAGACAAUCGGCUCUAUUGGAGCAUGAAAGAAAAGAGCAGAAAAAUGUAAAAGUCACUCAUAUUUCCCCCUCUGAAUGAUGUUAGGUCAUUAUCACCCAUUUGCCUUCAAAGGAAAAAAAAAUACCUGAUUGUCGUUAAUACUAUUUCAUUCCAUAAAAUAGGUUUUGCCAAAAAAACAGAAUACAAAAUUAUACCUUAAAAACUUAUUUUAGUCACACACCCUUAGGUCAGCUGAAAAGUAUCAAAAUAAGGGACCACAGGAAAACUCAGUUUGCAGUAGUUUCAGUGCUCAUUCUGGCCAUUCAGGUUACAAUAUAUGACCAGAGUAAAGUAUUUAUGUGAAGUAUUGACAGAAGGCAACAAGCUGGCAUUGUCAGAUAAACCUAAGGUGUGGUGGUAAUGUAGAAAGUCAUAGUUUAAUUAGGAAGGUGUUACGGGAACAAAGAUGGGAUAAAACAUUAAUGGCUCUACUAAUUUAUUUCUGUCCAAAUAAUUAUACAUCCACUUUCAAGCUAUCAAGGUUGAGUGUUAACUGAGGGUAAUUUGGAUGAUAUUUCCAUACCAUGUCUAUCAAAUUGUUGCAGUAGCAGUGUCUUUCAAGUCAGUGUAGAUUACAGCUUUUAUAUCCUAGUGUUGGCAAUGGACAGGGGCAGGGAGAGAUGGGCAUUGAAAGGAGGCCAUUGCACUCAUUUUUCUAAAUGUAAUUGCACUAUGUGUAUCUUUUUCUUUCAACUGAGCAGAAUGUAGGCUAGACUAUAUGGGAAGAUGCUUGCACCACGCUGCUCCAGCUUUUACAAGCCCAACAUGUGCUGUUUAAGGACACACAUUAGAGCCAAUUGGCUUGAUUUCUAUAUAUCUACAUACAAGAGUAAAUAAUGAAUGUGCACUUACUCAAACUCAGUUGAAUUCAAAUCCAGAUUCAGUGGUACACAAGCUGCCAGAUCAGUCACAAUUUCCCAUUUAGAACAAGCCUGCGUUGUCUGAAAUACGUAUGUCUUUCCCUCAAACAAUGCAAAAAAGCAUGAAGGCAGAGAGGUUAGGAGGUGCUAGUAUGAAAACUACAGUAUCCCAUCUUGGAGCAACCCAUCUUUCAAAACAUUCUCUUCUACAAUGAUGGGAGUCAAUUCCUUCUCCCACCUACCCCAUCCGUCCCCAACUUUCUGGCCCACUGCUUAAAUUCUCAAGACUACCCCAUUUGCUCUCCAUUGCCCCCAGGGCCAUGCUGACUGGUUGUUGUUAUAAGAGGUGCAGAAUUUCUCAAGCAACUAAACACAGAGCAUGAAGGGAGAGCAGGAGGAUAAAGCCCAGACUGGCUGGGGCAGUUUAGAUGCUGUGAGACAAAUUAAACCUGUUUUAAGUGUACUUGUUUGAAUUUAAUGUAAUGUAAUAUAUUUGUUGAAUGUAGUAAUUAGGUAUUUAUGAAUAUAUUGCUGUAAUUUCUGACAACAUCCAAAAAAUAAAAUGUUCCUAAAUCAUGACAAAGGAUUAUUUUCCCAGCAGCCCCAGUGGUGGAUGGAAACUACACCGACUGUGUAUAAAUUAAAAUUUGAAGUGUUAACUAUGCUUAAAGACACAGAUCAAACCUUUCAACACAAUCUGGCAUUUUAUACAGUAUUCACUAUGAAGGCAUCAUACUGCCAUUGCCCCAACUAUACACUAAGCUAGUUGUUUAUUCCCCACUUGGAUGAGCAGGCAAGCUAGAAACUUGCAGGGGCUACAACAUACACAGCCACCCUAGGACAUGAAUUCCAAAAGCUAGCACUAAGCUGAACUAGCUCACAAGUCAGCACUAAGUAAUACUAGAGAGCACAAAAUAUGGCAGAAGAUGCUAUUGAAGGAACAAACAGUUAGAAAUCAUGAUUUUGCAUGAAGUAAGUAUGAUUAAUGGAUUCCUCAAACAAGGCAAAGAUUGUUACAGAUUAAAGUAGUAUGCAUUUAAGAUUGUUGAAGUGGUAUGGUAUAUAUUCUCCCAUUACAAGCAACAUCUAGCACCAUCAUCAAUAAUGUUACUUUGUCACUACAUAGUUUCUUCAGUGUUGGUGUGAAUUUCCAACAAAUUUAACCUCUCCUAUAUUUUUUAUAUUGCAAAUGAAAAAAUUAACAGGUUGAGCUUGCGCUGGGACUCUGCAUUAUAAAAAUAUCAAGCAUUUCAAAAA